UUAUUUUGGAUCUAUUCUUAUAUUUUUACUACCUAGAAAGAAACAAGGGAAGAAGAGGAGAUUCAUAUUAGUGUGAAGAAAACAAAAUCGAAAAUGGAAUUAGGCCGGGCAUUCAAUGCCACUUCAAUUUUCCUUGUUUUGCUUCUUGUUACCAUAGUUACGGCUAAGAAGUCCAGUGAUGUGACAGAGUUGCAGAUCGGUGUGAAGUUUAAGCCAAAAUCUUGCGAACUUCAGGCUCACAAGGGUGAUAGAGUCUCAGUACACUACAGUGGAAAACUUACAGAUGGAACUGUAUUCGAUUCCAGCUACGAGAGGAAUGACCCCAUUGAAUUUGAGCUUGGAAGUGGUCAAGUGAUUAAAGGUUGGGAUCAAGGAAUUCUUGGAAUGUGUGUCGGAGAGAAGCGAAAGUUGAAAAUCCCUGCUAAACUUGGUUAUGGCGAGAGUGGAUCUCCACCAAAGAUUCCAGGUGGUGCGACACUUAUCUUUGACACUGAGCUGGUUGCUGUGAAUGGAAAGAAAUCAACAGCUGAUAGCGAACUGUGAUUUCAUGAUAUCUCUACACACUCCUUUACAUUAGCUUAAGUAUGGAGGAAACUUCUACGGAUUUGUUAAUGUUAGGCUAUCUGAUACACUAGUUAUAUUUACCUCUUUGAUAAUUUAGAUACUGAAGUAUUGGUCUCUGGCAGAAUUACACAAGUAUGUUACCUUUUGUCACUUGUUCUUUCUUCUGCUAAAGUUAAGUAGAUGGACGUUGAACUCUAAGGGUGGUUUUUCCAUCGUUACUUCU